AUGAAGCAGAGAGUUGUAUUACCGAUCACUCCACCAAGUACGGUGGAAAAGAAACCUCAAAUCGGAAACCGUUGUAAUGAGGAUUUGAAACCUAGAAAAUUACUACCCCAAUUAAAAAGAAGCAUUGGUAGCAGGAAGCCUAGGCUGACAUAUAGGCCCGUAUUGAACUCGGUGUUUGAUCUGGAUGCUUACACAGAUUUUGCGCACUUAACGAAGUCGCAACACCGUGAUAUGGAACGCGAUGCUGGCUUCAUUAGCUACGCACUGAACUACAGUAAAAGAAUGGUUGUAGUUAGUGGGGCAGGUGUAUCAGUUGCUGCUGGAAUACCGGACUUUAGAUCUAGUGGAGGGAUUUUCUCAACAGCGAAUGGCGGUUCUGGCAAAGAUUUAUUUGACUACAAUCGUGUAUAUGGUGAUGAAUCAAUGAGUGUAAGAUUUAAUCAACUAAUGGUUUCAUUAUUCAAGCUAUCUAAAAACUGUCAACCCACAAAAUUCCACGAGAUGAUUAACGGGUUUGCUAAGGAUGGCCGACUUUUAAGACUGUACACACAGAACAUUGAUGGUCUUGAUACACAACUACCUUAUUUAUCAACGAAUGUCCCUUUGGCGAAGCCUAUACCCAGUACUGUACAAUUGCACGGAAGCAUAAAACACAUGGAAUGUAAUAAAUGUCUAAAUGUUGAACCUUUUGACCCCGAAAUAUUCAAAUGCGAUGACACAUAUGAUUCUCGCACUGAAAUCAUACCGUCAUGUCCACAAUGUGAAGAAUAUGAAACAGUUAGAAAGGUUGCAGGCUUAAGGUCAACUGGUGUGGGUAAGUUACGCCCAAGAGUAAUUUUGUAUAAUGAGAUUCAUCCUGAAGGUGAUUUUAUUGGUGAAAUUGCUAAUAACGAUUUGAAGAAAAGACUUGAUUGUUUGAUUAUUGUUGGAACAAGCUUGAAAAUUCCCGGUGUGAAGAAUAUUUGCAAACAGUUUGCGGCAAAAGUCCACGCAAACAAGGGCAUUGUUUUAUAUUUAAACACCUGUAUGCCGCCUAAGAAUGUGUUGGAUUCUUUAAAAUUUGUAGACUUAAUUGUACUGGGUGAUUGUCAACAUGUAACUUCACUAUUAUAG